UAUAGAUUGAGAACAUUGAUAGAAGAUGCUAGCAAGUACAUGAGACAUGGAAAGAGGUCGCAGUUGCGAGCUGCAGAUGUGGAUAGGGCGCUCAGGGCAUGGGGAGAGGAGGUGAGUUCAGCAAAAAGGGGCGGUGAUGCGCAUAUCGGAGUGCAGGAGUGCAGACGAGAGAGGCACAGAUGGGUGCAGACAGACUGCAAUUUUGUGAGCCACUGCUACAAUUUGCGUUGCUGAUGCUAUUCAGCCGCCCACUCUGUCACUUGCGGCUGCUUCGUGGACAGCCGCUGUACGGCCACUACUCUCAGCCCAGAGGACACAGCUCCCUGAUCGCGCCAGCAGUACCUGUCUACAAGCGAGUGCAGACAACUUCGGGUCCUCAAUACGUCUUGGAUGAUCCCGAAAUCUCUUUGGAAGAUAUCAGCUCCCUUAUCCGUCGACAGGCGCCCUUACAGCGCAGUCAGGGAGUGGGAUGGGCAGCUCAUUGGUUGGCUGUGGAAGGUGUUCAGCCUGACAUUCCGCAGAACCCAGAUCGAGGCAAGACUGGUCAUUUGCCGCUCGAGGAAGACGCCAAGACAUUCAAUGCUCAUCACCAGCAAUCUGGAUCGAAUGGAACAGCUGCGGUCAAUGGUGUAGGCAGAGCUUUGGGCGCUGUUGGACCUAGCACAUUGGCCAGCGCUAGUGGCUCGACGCUUGCGGGCUCUUCGAGCGCUGCUGCGACGUUGAGUGCGCCUCAAGUCAGACCUCUGAUCAAGCAUGUUCUCUCUCGCGAGCUGCAGCUCUACUUUACGCGUCUGACAGACGCCAUCAUGAGCUCUCCAUUGCCCGCUGCGCUGGACGGCGCGUCAGGAUCCGCGCAAGACGAGCCAGCGUCGAGUGCAGGUGAUGAUGCCGUCGAUAAUCCUACUCGGUCUGCUGCUCUGUCGUCUCUUGCUGGAGAUGCUGGUCUGGCGCAGUUGCUACCUUACCUCAUUCAGUGGAUCGGAGAACGUAUCGUGGAUCUCGUCAGCGCGUCUUCAGAGACAUCGGGAGAUGCGCAGCGACAAAUCCAAUCAGCACAGCAGAGCGCGACCGAAGCAGAAGGAAGGCAGGUCGAAUGUCAAAGAGCGCUCGUGGCUAUUCUAGGUGCUAUAGAAGCAGUGCUUCGGAAUUCUACCCUCCUUCUGGAACCCUAUCUGCAUCAGCUCUUGCCUUCCAUCCUCUCCGUCCUCUUGACCUCCCUUCUCCCUUCGUGCCUGCUUCUGCGCGCACGCGCCGCCUCGCUUCUCCGCCUGCUCUUGACCAACUACAACAAAUCGUACCCUAGCUUGAAGCCUCGGCUUAUCAGGACUUUGUCCAAGUGCGCAGUCUUGGAGAUCUCUGGUCAAGAAAGGCGAAUUGGUCAUCCAAUUGUCACUGUGCAAGGCGCUCUGCUAGGUAUCGAGGCGUGCGGAGAAGCUUGCAUCAAGAAUGUCCUACUGCGUAGUGGUCUGGAUAAAGUAGAGGGGAACAAGGUGGAAGAACGGACAGGCUUGGAAGAGCGAGGGACGGAUGAGACCAGCUUGUUAGGAAAGAUUGGCUUGGGCCUGCAAAGCAGACCAGGCCACGAUAGAAAGAGUGCACUGGGUGUCGUCGUGCAGAUCCUUGUGCCGCUCUCGCCGAGCUACACUUCCCCUUUGUCCGACCCUGAGCGAUCAGACCUCCGGCAGAGUGUUCGUUCCCGACACGGACAAUUCUUCGCCGACGUAUUUGCCUCGAGCGAGGAAAAUUUGGAGUCGAUGGAGGUGGAUGGGAACGCCGACGAUGGGACGUUCAUCGAGAAGAGCGUCAGGACCAGAAUAGCAAGAGUGCUGGCCGGACCUGCUACAACUUAGACUUUGCAAAAAUUGCGAGCUUGUUUGAUUGCCUACAAGCAAUGG